UUAAUUAAUUUUGUGCGACGUCGGCGUAUGCCAAUAAAUAAACAUGGCGGACAAACAGGGGCCGCCGGGACGCCCUCCCGACCCCUCAUGUACUUCUGCAAUUGAAACAGUAAUGACCGUCCCAUUGUCUAAAUUUGAGGCAAUGGAAGCGGAAACUUCAACUCAUAAGAGAAAGCAUCCUAGUCAGGACGAGGAUGUUACUGAUGUUAAUAAUGUUAAUGCUACAAAACGCGACCGAGUCACCCCUCCAUCAUUGGUGUCACGUUCCAAGUAUACCAACUUAGAUAGGGAGCCAUAUCUGGUAUAUGUUUCCUUCACGGAUUCAGACUCCACUUCUGGAUCCACCCUUCACCCCAUAAGAUUUGGUCAAUUAAUGCAAAAAUUAAACAUUAAGAAUAUUAAAUUAGGCGGGAUCAAGAGAAUUGGCAGAAAUAAGAUCUCGGUGGAGUUUGAAAGCCAUGAGGAUGCUAAUAUCUUUAUUGAAAGCCCAGCUAUUAAGCUCAAAGGUUUUGUUUCUACUAUUCCCACCUUCAACAUCACAAGGAUGGGGGUAGUGAAGGGUGUACCAACUGAUUGGUCAGAAUUAGAGGUCAUUGAUAAUCUUAAGUCCCCCCAUGCUAAAAUGUUGAAGGUGAGACGCUUAAAUAGGAGGGUUGUCAAUGAAGGUAAGUCGGAGUGGGUCCCUACAUCAAGCGUGGUCGUCACAUUUGAUGGUCAGGUCCUCCCGGAUCGCGUCUUUUGUUUUUAUAAUUCGCUCCCUGUGGAGACAUAUAACUACCCCACUGUUCAAUGUUAUGCAUGCUGCAAAUACGGGCACACUAGACCCAAUUGCAGGUCUAAGCCACGAUGCUUCCGUUGUGGUGGGGAUCACCUUGGGGACGGUUGCUCUGUUGAGGAUCCCAAAUGUUUAUAUUGCUCUGGCUCUCAUCCCGCUAAUAGCAGACACUGCCCAGAGUUUAUCCGUCAGAAAAAUAUCAAAGCGUCCAUGGCCAAAGACAACAUUUCCUACUCUGAAGCUGCCAGAAUUCAUGCCCCUUCCUUCCGUUCCUUUGCAGAUGUUACGGCUUCAACCCCUAUCACUCAGACUAUUCAUCAGAUUCUCACACAGGAACCUCGCUCCCCACGUCCCCCUCCCCCUAAUUACAUUUCUCACUCCCAACCCUCCACUUCAUCAUCCUACAAAAAAACUAUUUUGACCCGCCCUAAACCUCACCCCUCGCUGCAGCCUGGCUAUGACCGAAGGGCUCACCAGGACAUUAUUAAUAGCUUCUCGUUCUCCCCUUCGCCUAAUGGUUGUGCUCUUCUAGAUUCUCCUCCUUCUGAAAAAGAUCAUGUACAGACCAUACAAUCUAUUAUACGUUUACUAUCCUCCUUACUUGUUAACUUUCCUUUACCUGACCACGUUGCCACAAAUUUAAUAAGCUCCAUUAAAUCUCAGCACAUUCCAUCUUCUACAGUGGAAUACCAGAAGUCUGAUCCCAAAAAAAAAUGAAAUUGCUCAUUUAAUUAAUCAGUACAAACCGGCAUUGUUUGCAAUUUCUGAAACAUGGCUAAAGCCACAUCUCGUGUUUAAUAUGGCUGGGUAUAGCGUGCUUCGGGAUGACCGUCUUGACGGUUAUGGCGGAGCGGCUAUACUGGUUAAUAAUGUUCUCCCAUUUUCCCCCUUAUCCCUUCCCCCUCACGGAGAUGAGAUUAAUGCCGUAGGUGUUAAUAUUGUCGGUGUUAAUGUUAUUUCUGUCUAUAUACCCUCUCCUGAUUCCUCUUGUUUCCAGUAUAUACGUUCUAUUUGCUCUUUAUUUUAUCCUGUAAUUUUUCUAGGUGAUUUCAACUGCCACCACUCUCUGUGGGGAUCUGACCAUUGUGAUAGUGCGGGUAAUGAAUUAGUGAAUCUGCUGGAUGACUUGGGGUUAUGUGUUAUCAAUGAUGGAUCUUUCACGCGCCUUCCUAGACCUGGACAAUCGCUAAGUUGUUUAGAUCUAACACUGUGUUCAGCCCGUUUGGCCGCUGAUAUGGUAUGGAAAAGGCUUAACCUAACACAUGGUAGUGACCACUAUCCUAUAUGUACUACUCUCACCACUAGGUGCCUUCCGCAAAAGGAAAGCCCCCCUCUUUUAAAGUACAGGCUGUCUGAUGCUAGGUGGGACCUGUACUCUCAGAUCCUUGAGGACGCAAUCCAUACCUUGCCCCAGGUGUCUUUUGACAACCUUGACGUCUGUAUUUCGCAACUUUCUGAUGCCAUUUCAUCAGCCGCUGAUGAGAGCAUACCUCUUAAGAAUUCGGCUUCUGGAAAAAUAU